AAUACAAUAUAUCUAUAAAAGUCGGAUAAUUACAGUAUGUGAGUAUGUGAGUCUGUGUGUGUGUAUGUGUGUGUGUGGUUGUGUGGUAUGGGGGCGGUGUCUCCCUAAAUGUUUUAUAUGCAAAGUGCAUCCACAUCGCCAUUUUCUGUUUUUUUUCCCCUUCUUCUUCUUCAUAGGCAUGGGAGGGGGCGCAGGGAGUGACAGACUCCAGCUAUUUUCCAUCACACCCCCACUUGCUCGCCACUGUAUUAAAUAGUUAAAUAUGUCUAUUUAAAAUGGACAAGUAAAAUGACUAAUACGUGCGCAUCCAAGCAUUUCCACUCGCAGGCAUACCCUGUUAGGGUGGGUCACGUCCCGUCACGGACGUAACGAGUUAAAGAGCCCAAGCUUUUCCUCGGCGCCAUAUUUGUUGUGGGUUUUUCAGAGUUUUUUUUGGAGGGGGUGUCAAGAAGAUGGCGGCUUCCAGAAAGGCAUGAGAGGGGAUACUUCUCAGUAAAACAAAAGCAAUCGGGUUGCAUUUUUGAAGGUCCGGCCCAAAAUCGCCCUGCGGAAAUACUGACGUGAAACGACUAUGUCUUCUCCUGGUUGCGCGGUGCCUGGCGCCCUGCAGCCGCGUUGGAAGCGGGUCCUUGGCUGGUCCGGCCCGGUGCCCCGGCCUCGGCAUGGACACCGGGCGGUGGCAAUCAAGGAGCUGAUGGUGGUUUUCGGUGGGGGGAACGAAGGCAUCGUGGACGAGCUGCACGUCUACAACACAGCCACAAACCAGUGGUUUAUUCCAGCGGUGCGUGGUGAUAUCCCGCCAGGAUGUGCCGCCUAUGGCUUUGUUUGCGAUGGUACGCGGCUCCUGGUAUUUGGAGGCAUGGUGGAGUAUGGCAAGUACAGCAACGAUCUUUACGAGCUGCAGGCCAGCCGAUGGGAAUGGAAGAAGCUGAAGCCUAAAUCACCUAAAAAUGGACCCCCUCCCUGCCCCCGCCUGGGUCACAGCUUCUCCCUGGUGGGGAACAAGUGCUACUUGUUCGGGGGACUGGCCAAUGACAGUGAAGACCCCAAAAAUAAUAUUCCCAGAUACCUUAAUGACCUGUACACCCUGGAGCUGCGCCCAGGCUCCAGUGUGGUGGGCUGGGACGUCCCCAUCACCUACGGCGUGCUGCCACCACCCCGGGAGAGCCACACAGCUGUGGUCUACACUGAGAAAGAAAGCGGGAAGUCGCGUCUAGUCAUAUACGGGGGCAUGAGCGGCUGCCGUCUGGGCGACCUCUGGACUCUGGACAUCGCUUCUCUCACCUGGAACAAGCCAUCAGUGAACGGCACAGCGCCUUUGCCCCGCAGUCUCCACUCUGCCACCAUCAUUACAAACAAGAUGUUUGUGUUUGGAGGAUGGGUUCCUCUGGUGAUGGAUGAUGUGAAGGUGGCCACUCAUGAGAAGGAAUGGAAGUGCACAAACACACUGGCCUGUCUGAAUCUGGACUCGAUGUCCUGGGAGCAGGUCCUGAUGGACACUCUUGAAGAUACCAUCCCCCGGGCCCGUGCUGGUCACUGCUCUGUGGCCAUCAACUCUCGGUUGUACGUGUGGAGCGGUCGUGAUGGCUAUCGCAAGGCCUGGAACAACCAGGUGUGCUGCAAAGACCUCUGGUACCUGGAGACAGAGAGACCGCCUGCGCCGUCACGUGUGCAGCUUGUGCGUGCCAACACCACCUCCCUGGAGGUCAGCUGGGGCACCGUGUCCACGGCCGACACCUACCUGCUGCAGCUUCAGAAGUACGACAUUCCUGCUGCCUCCGCUUCCCCGGCCGUCACCCCAGCCCCCUCGCUGCCCACCAACUCGCCCAAGAGCCCCGCCCCUGCGGCGGCAGCCCCCGCUGCACAGAACCUGCCACACGCCAGCCUGGUGCCCCAGGCAGCCUCCCUCACGGCGUCCAGCUUGCCCAUCCUGCCCACCUUGCCCAGUAGCCCCCUGGCUGCUGCCACAACUCGGGGCCCUGCCAUCCUGAAGGUGGCAGCGCCACAGUCCGUUUCUGGAGCCUCCAUUGUCACUGUGCGGCAGGCCAAUCAGGCCAUGAAGUCCCCCGUCACGGUCACCUCUCUCCCGGCAGGUGUCCGCAUGGUCAUGCCUGCCCAGAAUGCCCAAGGCACGCCAAUAGGAAGCAGCCCCCAGAUGAGCGGCAUGGCUGCCUUAGCUGCAGCGGCAGCUGCCACGCAAAAGAUCCCACCUUCCCUGGGGGCCACAGUGCUGAAUGUCCCAGCCGGUGCCACGAUGGUCAAAACGGUGGCUGUAACCCCGGGAUCCACCACGCUCCCUGCGACCGUCAAGGUAGCCUCACCUGUUAUGGUCAGCAACCCAGCCACCCAUUUGCUAAAGACUGCAGCAGCCCAGGUGGGCUCGCCUGCCGGCUCCGCCCCCGGCACGCCCACACGACCCAUCAUCACUGUGCACAAGUCCGGCACGGUCACCGUGGCUCAGCAGGCCCAGGUCGUCACCACCGUGGUGGGUGGCGUUACAAAGACCAUCACCCUCGUCAAGAGUCCCAUCACAAUGGGAGGGGGAGGAACGCUGAUAUCAAACCUUGGGAAGGUGAUGUCUGUGACAGGGCAGUCCUCCUCCAACCCCCUCACUCAGAUUAUACAGACUAAGGGUCCCCUUCCGGCCGGCACCAUCCUGAAGCUAGUGACAUCGGCUGACGGCAAACCCGCCACCAUAAUCACCACCACUCAGGCCGGUGGCGCUGGCAACAAGCCCACCAUUCUGGGGAUCAGCAGCGUGUCGCCGACGGCUACCGCCAAACCAGGCACCACCACCAUCAUCAAGACCAUCCCGAUGUCGGCCAUUGUGACCCAAUCUGGGGCUUCAGGUGUGACCAACACCCCAGGGAUGAAGACCCCCAUCACUAUUAUUACCAACAAAAUGAUGACCCCUGGCACUGGGACCCCAGGCAAAAUCAUCACUGCUAUGCCCAAGCUUGGCACGGGGCCAGGGCAGCAGGGCCUGACUCAGGUUGUUCUGAAGGGGGCACCAGGGCAGCCGGGCACUAUCCUGCGAACUGUUCCCAUGGGUGGAGUCAGACUGGUUACCCCCGUCACUAUGUCAACUGUCAAGCCAACUGUAACCACGCUGGUGGUGAAAGGGACGACUGGAGUGACGACACUGGGCACUGUAACUGGCACAGUGUCAAGCAGCCUGGCUGGUGGCAACUUAGUCAGCGCCAACGCAUCGCUGGCCACGCCCAUCACCACUCUGGGAACCAUCGCCACGCUGUCUAGUCAGAUCAUUAACCCGGCUGCCAUCACUGUGUCCGCUGCCCAGACCAGCCUCACGUCGGCCUCUCCACUGCCCACCCCGACCAUUACCAUGCAGUCUCUGAACCAGCCUACCCAGGUGACUCUGAUAACCACUCCCAGUGGUGUGGAGGCCCAGCCUGUGCAUGACCUGCCUGUCUCCAUCCUGGCAUCUCCCACCUCUGAACAGCCUGUUGGUGCAGAGGCAGGUGCGGGGGAUGCCCCUGGCACGGUCACCUUGGUGUGCUCGAACCCGCCCUGCGAGACCCACGAGACCGGAACCACCAACACGGCAACGGUGGCCUCGUCCGGCAUGGGCAUGCAGCGCGUGUGCUCGAACCCGCCCUGCGAGACCCACGAGACCGGAACCACCAACACGGCAACGGUGGCCUCGUCCGGUAUGGGCAUGCAGCGCGUGUGCUCGAACCCGCCCUGUGAGACCCACGAGACCGGAACCACCAACACGGCCACAGUGGCCUCGUCCGGCAUGGGUUCUGGACAGAAUGGGACCGUCCAGAGGGUGUGCUCGAACCCGCCCUGUGAGACCCACGAGACCGGAACCACCAACACGGCCACUACAGCCACCUGCAGCAUGGAGACUGCUGAAGGCCCAGCUCAGCAGAGUGGUGAUGCUGCAGAGGGAGCUGUGACAGAUGUCCUUCCUAGCCCUGCUCCAUCUGCAGUUGUGGUGGCUGCCAUGACAACACAGGGCAGAGCCAUCACCACCGUGACCCAAGCCACUCCUGCCCCUGGGCCCUCUGUGCCGUCCAUUGCCUCCAUUACGGAGUCAGCGGCAGGCAGCGAGGAAGUCUCUGUGGAGAUCACGCAGGAGCAGCUGCAGCAGCUGGCUGAGGCUGCAGCAGCCCAGCAGGGAGAGCUGGAGUCCAUGCAGACGGAGUGCCAGGACCAGGAGGGCCUGGAGGGGGCGGAGGCUGUGGAGGGCCAGAUGGAGGCUCUGCCCAUUGCCAUGGAAACCCAGCCCAGUCAGGAAGAGCAAACUGAGCCCCUGCACCCUGGCUGUCAGGUUGAGGGAGCGGAGUCUGAGGACGUGGCCGUCCCAGUGCAGAAUACCGAGGCACUCGCCCUGCCCCCAGAGCUGAUGUCAGAGGGCCACUCUGCCACCCUGAUGGUGACUGGCCUCACCCCAGAGGAGCUGGCCGUGACAGCGGCGGCCGAGGCAGCGGCAGCCGAAGCAGCGGCAGCCGAAGCAGCGGCGGCCGAAGCAGCGGCGGCCGAGGCAGCGGCAGCCGAGGCAGCGGCGGCUGAGGCGGCCGAGGCAGCGGCGCAGGCCGCAGCCACCGAGGAGGCUCAGGCUUUGGCCAUCCACGCCGUCCUUCAGGCCGCUCAGCAGGCAGUCAUGAACGCUGGGGAGGGAGACUCGGGGCAGGGUGGCCACCAGCCCACCACCAUCCCCAUCGUGCUGACGCAGCAGGAACUGGCCGCACUGGUGCAGCAGCAGCAUCAGCUCCAGGCGGCGGCGGCGGCAGCAGCGGCCGCGCAGCAGCAGGCCGUAGCCCAGGCCGUUAUCCCCACCGAGGGCCUGGCCCCCGCCGACAGCCUCAACGAUCCCACCUCGGAGAGCAACGGGCACGGCGAGAUGGCGGCCGCAGUCGCUGGCGCCGUGGCGGGGCUGCUGCCGCACACUUCUGCCGAAACUUUGGCUCCAUCUAGCACAUUUGCACCCUCUCAGCCUGUGGUGGUUGUGACCCCAGCAAAAACACAGACAGAGGUGGCUAAUGGCAUUGAAUCGGCAGCUGGGAAGCCGAACCUCCCUCCCACCCCUGUCAAGGCCCCUGUGAAGAAGGAGAACCAGUGGUUUGAUGUGGGAAUAGUCAAGGUGACAAACAUGGUGGUCACCCACUACUACGUUCCAGGGGAUGACUCGCCUGUUACUGAUGAUGACUCGGGGGCUGUUCCAGACUACAAUCAGAUGAAGAAGGUAGAACUUCACCCCGGCACAGCCUAUAAGUUCCGUGUGGCUGGAAUCAAUGCCUGUGGGCGCGGAUCCUUCUCGGAGAUCUCCGCCUUUAAGACCUGCCUGCCUGGCUUCCCUGGGGCGCCCUGCGCUAUCAAGAUCAGCAAGAGCCCCGAUGGUGCCCACCUGACGUGGGAACCACCCUCGGUGACGUCGGGGAAGAUUGUGGAAUACUCUGUGUACCUGGCCAUCCAGAGCUCACAGGCAGGGGAAGCCAAGACCCCAGCAGCACCAGCCCAGCUGGCCUUUAUGCGAGUUUACUGUGGACCCAGUCCUGCGUGCCUGGUGCAGACCUCCAGCCUCUCCAAUGCCCACAUCGACUACACAACCAAGCCCGCCAUUAUCUUCCGCAUCGCUGCACGCAACGAGAAGGGUUACGGGCCAGCCACGCAGGUCCGGUGGCUGCAAGAAUCGAGCAGAGAUGGUGCCGCCGGGAAACCAGCUGUCAAGAGGCCAGUCUCAUCCCCUGAUGUCAAGGCUACCGGCCCCAAGAAGGCACGUUCGGACCAGUGAAACCCCGAGGCCCUACUUGCUCUGUCCUUCCCCCACCCGGGUGGUGAUGUCCCUUCUCGCCCUCUGCCCAGCUACACCACCGCCUCGACUGAAGCUAAGCCCGUUUAAAGACGGCCAUAUAAAACUGGCUGGAGAGAGACUGUUGCUCCACCCAGGACAUCUUGGUGCCAUGGACGCCUAUUCUCAACCAGUGAUUUUAUUUCUCGGUUUCCUCAAGCAAAACGAAGGAAAAGCACAUUGAUUGGUGAUGCGCACUCGUGUCACGGUGGAAGAGCCAUGGUGAUGUGUUUUCUACAUUUUCAUUUUUGGAAAUUUUUUCUUUUUUUGCAUUUCAGAACUUUUUCAGGCUAAUUUCAGCUGAAGGACUACAUAGAAACCAGGCACAGCUUUGCUCAUUGUCAGAUGGCAGACUUUUGGUUGGAGGCAUGAGAGAGCAUAGUGGGUGAGGUGGUGGCAGCAGUGAUGAAGCUUUCAAAAAGGAGGAAGUGACAAAAUGAAGCACUUGUUCUCAGACAAAGGGAGGUGAGGGGAUGACAGUCUGCCACAUUGUUGGACAAGAUCUCCUUGUUUUGUCAUCACUGUGUGCAGUUACCCUGUAAGGAGAGCAGGUGGAGGAAACUUUGCCACAAUUCGACAAAGAAAAAUUAAGCUAAAGAUUUGGAGAGAACAGGCAUAAAAAUCCUAAAGUAA